AUGGGAUUGGCCAUGCACCAAAGAAGGUAUGCACUCGAGAUGUUGAAGAAGUAUGAAAUAGAGCAUUGUAAUGCUGCCAUUACUCAGGCUGAACCAAGGUUGCAGUUAUCGAAGAAUGAGGAUGAGCAAGAUGUUGAUCCAACUCAGUAUAAGAGGCUGAUUGAAUUCUUGCGUUAUUUGUGCAAUACGCUACCAGACUUGGCGUUUAGUGUCAGUAUUGUGAGUAUAUUCAUGGGGAUACCGAAGGUGUCUCACUUGACAGCAGUUAAGAGGAUCCUAAGAUAUGUCAAAGGUUCCAUUGGCUACGAAAUUCUCUUUCAUGGAGUGGAUACGGGCAGAAAAUACAUUUUUCUCGCUUUUAUCGAUUCCAAUUAG